AUGUCGAUCGUCUCGCUUUUGGGCGUUCAGGUCCUGAACAACCCCGCCAAGUUCACGGACAAGUACGAGUUCGAGAUCACCUUCGAGUGCUUGGAGUCCUUGGAGAAGGAUCUCGAGUGGAAGUUGACCUACGUUGGUUCUGCGACUAGUGAUCAGUACGACCAAGAGCUCGACAGUCUUCUCGUUGGCCCUGUUCCCGUCGGUGUCAACAAGUUCAUCUUCGAGGCCGAUGCGCCCAACACCUCCAGAAUUCCCGACGCCGACAUUUUGGGUGUCACUGUGAUCCUCCUGACCUGCGCUUACGAUGGUCGCGAGUUCGUUCGCGUUGGCUACUAUGUCAACAAUGAGUACGACUCUGAGGAGCUCAACGCCGAGCCCCCCUCCAAGCCCAUCAUUGAGCGAGUUAAGCGCAACGUUCUCGCCGAGAAGCCUCGUGUGACCCGCUUCGCCAUCAAGUGGGACAACGAUGCCGCCGCCCCCGCCGAGUUCCCCCCUGAGCAGCCUGAGGCUGACCUCGUGGCUGACGAGGACGAGUACGGUGCUGAGGAGCGCGAGGAGGAGGAGGAGGAGGCCGAGGCUGCCCUCGACGGCGCUGCCAACGGCGAGAAGCCCGCCGGUGAGGAUUCCGAGAUGGCUGGCGUCGAGAACGGCGAGGGCGAGGCUGUCCCUGCCGAGGAGGACGAGAUGUCGGAUGACGGCAGUGUCGAUAUCGAGGGCGAGAGCGAGGAUGAGCUGGAGGAGGAGGGCGAGGGUGAGGCUGCUGAUGACGACGCCAUGGACGUCGACACCGGUGACAAGCCCGUUGCCGCUGCCGGCAAGGUCCAGGAGGUCGCUACUCACUAG